CGACUUGCACCUCGCAACUCGAGACCUUUGACGAGCUCCAACUAGGUCGAACAUGACGUUGUGGAUCUGUGCCAGGAGGAUAUGGUCCGAGCGGGCAGUCGACGAGAUGGCGUGAUCGAUUUCGGGCCAUGGGUCAAGUCCAGGUGAAAUGGUCAAAUUAAAUCCUCUCUCGGUGGCUUUUUUCUCAUUUCUAAGUCCGCGGGAUUUCUUGACUUUGGACCAUAUCCGUUCCGUCCCAACAACGGCUUAUCAUCAUCAUCAUCAUCAUCAUCAUCAUCAUCCUCGGUCGACCUAGUAGUACUUGCAUCGACAUCCUAUACGACAUACACCUCGAGCUUUCUUCUCUCCAUCACACCCCACACUAGGACCUCGCCUUGCAUGCGUACAGCUCGACGGAUCUCGACGUCCAUCAACCUCAACCUCAAACUAGUACAACAAACGCAAACACAAACACGGAGUAGAUUCGCUCUCCCUCCUGCCUUUACUUACCGACAGACGCAUACGACGGUACACGAAAAGAUCUUGCCUAGCCCCUCGCAACAAGCUUUUAACGAGACGCACCCUCAGACCACCACCACCACCACCACUUCAACCUCCCAACGACCGAAAUCAACUUCGUCGAUCAUGCCCGUCAACGCCAUCGAUUUCCCCGAACUCCAAGCUUGUCUGACAUCCAACGCCGAAUGGGCAGCGAGGGUAUCCAAGGAUGAACCGCAUUUCUUUGAAAAGAGCGCCAAGGGGCAGAAACCGUUCUUGUUGUGGAUCGGAUGCGCCGACUCCAGAGUCCCCGAAUCCGUCGUCCUAGGCCGUAAACCCGGUGAGAUCUUCGUCCACAGGAACAUCGCCAAUCAGUACCAAGCGGGGGACGAUAGUGCCCAGGCGGUCUUGGAGUAUGCGGUGGGCUUUUUGGGGGUUAGGCACGUGGCCAUCGUCGGACAUACGGCCUGUGGAGGAUGCGCGGCGGCGUACAUGAGCAAGCCCGAGGAUGCCGGGAACAAGGAGACUACGACCUCCCUAGCUCGGUUCCUCCAACCCCUGAUCGACCUGAGGCAUUCGUUACCCGAGGGAGCUUCGAUGGACGAUCUGAUCGUGGAGAACGUCAAGCGUGGGGUCGUCGACGUGGCCAAGAGCGAGGUCAUCCAGAAACAAUGGGCCAAAGCGGCCGAAGAAGGGUCCGAGCCCGUCUACGUACACGGAUGGUUGAAGGACUUGUCGACCGGGUUGAUCAAGGAUCUGUUGUGUUCCCAAGGGCCAGACAAGGCUUAGUUGAGGGGGUGCUUGUCAGCGUCGUUGUAUAUGCAGAGCGAGGGUUGAGGUGGUGAAGAAGAGGGAGUUGUGGUUGGUUAGCGGGUUGAAGCGACAAGAAAGGGAUAGAGGCGAUGUUUGUGUCUGUGUUGAGCUUUAGAUGUAAU